AUGAAGCUGUUUAUCUACUCACUCACGCUCCUGUUGGCGGCUACCGCUGCUGUGAGUUCAAGCCUGGUGGGGAAUGCGACUCCCUUGAUCAAGAGCGGGCAGCGUGUACUACGCGAUGAAGCCGCAAGCCUCGCUACCACCGACAACGAAGAGAAGGUCUGCUACUUUCUCUUCUGGCCCUUCCAGUGCUAA